AUGCUGCAGGGCUCGACGGCGGCGCAGGCUCGGCGGCGGAGGAUGGGCGGCUUCGGGAGGCUCUCCCUGGGGCUCGUGCUGCUGGUGAUCCUGAGCGAGGUGGCGCCGCAGCCCUGCCCGGCUCAGUGCUCCUGUUCCGGCAGCACCGUGGACUGUCACGGGCUGGCGCUGCGGAGCGUCCCGAGGAACAUCCCCCGCAACACCGAAAGGCUGGACCUUAAUGGAAAUAAUAUCACAAGAAUCACAAAGACUGACUUUACUGGCCUAAGACACCUUCGAGUCCUUCAGCUCAUGGAAAACAAGAUUAGCACUAUUGAAAGGGGAGCAUUCCAGGAUUUAAAAGAGCUGGAGAGGCUGCGUCUAAACAGAAAUAAUCUUCAGCUGCUUUCUGAGUUGCUGUUUCUGGGGACUCCAAAACUAUACAGGCUUGAUCUCAGUGAAAAUCAAAUUCAAGCAGUUCCAAGGAAGGCUUUCCGUGGGGCCGUAGAUAUUAAAAAUCUGCAACUGGAUUACAACCAGAUCAGCUGUAUUGAAGAUGGGGCAUUUAGGGCUCUACGCGACCUGGAAGUGCUCACUCUCAACAAUAACAACAUCACUCGACUUUCAGUGGCAAGUUUCAACCACAUGCCCAAACUCAGAACCUUUCGACUUCACUCCAAUAACCUCUACUGUGAUUGCCACCUGGCCUGGCUAUCUGAUUGGCUGCGGCAGCGACCCCGAGUUGGCCUGUACACACAGUGUAUGGGCCCAUCCCACCUGAGGGGACACAAUGUAGCAGAGGUUCAAAAACGAGAAUUUGUCUGCAGUGAUGAGGAAGAAGGUCAUCAGUCUUUUAUGGCUCCUUCCUGCAGCGUCUUGCAUUGUCCUACUGCAUGUACCUGUAGUAACAACAUUGUUGACUGUCGUGGGAAAGGCCUUACUGAGAUCCCAACCAAUCUUCCAGAGACUAUUACUGAAAUACGGUUGGAGCAAAAUUCAAUCAAGGUCAUCCCUCCUGGAGCUUUCUCACCAUAUAAAAAGCUUCGAAGAAUUGACCUGAGCAAUAACCAGAUCUCUGAGACCGCUCCAGAUGCUUUCCAAGGCCUGCGUUCACUCAAUUCACUUGUCCUCUAUGGAAAUAAAAUUACAGAACUUCCUAAAGGCCUGUUUGAAGGACUCUUCUCUUUACAAUUGCUAUUAUUAAAUGCCAACAAGAUAAAUUGCCUACGAGUAGAUGCUUUCCAAGAUCUACACAACCUGAACCUUCUCUCUUUGUAUGAUAACAAGCUUCAAACCAUUGCUAAAGGCACCUUUUCACCCCUACGUGCAAUUCAGACUUUGCAUUUGGCUCAGAACCCAUUUAUUUGUGACUGCCAUCUGAAGUGGCUGGCGGAUUAUCUUCAUACAAACCCUAUUGAGACCAGCGGUGCCCGUUGCACCAGCCCCCGCCGUCUGGCAAACAAAAGGAUUGGCCAGAUCAAAAGCAAGAAAUUCCGCUGCUCAGGCACCGAAGAUUACCGAUCAAAACUAAGUGGAGACUGCUUUGCAGAUCUGGCUUGCCCUGAAAAAUGCCGCUGUGAAGGAACCACAGUGGAUUGCUCCAAUCAGAAGCUCAACAAAAUUCCUGACCACGUACCCCAGUACACAGCAGAGUUGAGACUGAAUAACAAUGAAUUCACAGUGUUAGAGGCGACUGGGAUCUUUAAGAAGCUUCCUCAGCUGCGUAAAAUAAAUCUGAGCAAUAACAAGAUCACAGAUAUUGAAGAAGGAGCAUUUGAAGGAGCAUCUGGUGUGAAUGAACUGUUGCUCACCAGUAACCGUUUGGAGACUAUUAGACACAAGAUGUUUAAAGGACUAGAAAGUCUCAAAACAUUGAUGCUAAGGAGCAAUCGUAUAAGCUGUAUAGGCAAUGAUAGUUUCACAGGACUGAGUUCUGUCCGUUUGCUCUCCUUAUAUGACAACCAAAUUACUACAGUUGCUCCAGGUGCCUUUGAUACUCUCCAUUCACUCUCUACAUUAAACCUCCUGGCCAAUCCUUUCAACUGUAACUGCCACCUGGCUUGGCUGGGAGAUUGGCUGAGGAAGAAACGCAUUGUAACUGGAAACCCUCGCUGUCAGAAACCCUACUUCCUAAAAGAGAUUCCCAUCCAGGAUGUGGCAAUUCAAGAUUUUACUUGUGAUGAUGGAAAUGACGACAACAGUUGCUCUCCAUUGUCUCGCUGUCCCACGGAAUGUACUUGCCUAGAUACUGUGGUUCGCUGCAGCAAUAAAGGUCUUAAGGUUUUGCCCAAAGGCAUCCCAAAAGAUGUAACUGAACUUUAUUUGGAUGGAAACCAGUUUACCCUUGUUCCCAAAGAACUUUCUAACUACAAACAUUUAACACUUAUAGAUUUAAGUAACAACAGAAUCAGCACUCUUUCUAACCAGAGCUUCAGCAACAUGACUCAGCUGCUCACCUUAAUUCUUAGUUACAACCGUCUGAGGUGUAUCCCUGCACGGACAUUUGAUGGGUUGAAAUCACUUAGGUUACUGUCUUUACAUGGCAAUGAUAUUUCUGUUGUUCCUGAAGGAGCUUUUAAUGAUCUUUCAGCAUUAUCACAUCUUGCUAUUGGAGCAAAUCCUCUGUACUGUGACUGUAAUAUGCAAUGGUUGUCCGACUGGGUAAAGUCAGAAUACAAAGAACCUGGUAUUGCACGUUGUGCUGGUCCUGGAGAAAUGGCAGAUAAACUACUUCUCACAACUCCAUCUAAAAAAUUUACUUGCCAAGGGCCUGUGGAUGUUAAUAUACUUGCCAAAUGUAGUCCCUGCUUAUCAAAUCCAUGUAAAAAUGAUGGCACUUGUAACAAUGAUCCUGUUGACUUCUACAGAUGUACCUGCCCAUAUGGUUUCAAGGGCCAGGACUGUGAUAUUCCAAUUCAUGCCUGCAUCAGUAACCCUUGCCAACAUGGUGGAACUUGCCAUUUAAAAGAAGGAGAAAAAGAUGGAUUUUGGUGCACUUGUGCAGAUGGAUUUGAAGGCGAAAACUGUGAAGUGAAUGUUGAUGACUGCGAAGAUAAUGAUUGUGAAAAUAAUUCUACCUGUGUAGAUGGAAUUAACAACUACACUUGCCUUUGCCCACCUGAAUAUACUGCUGCUAAUCUGAAUGAAGUGGAAAAAGGUGAGUUGUGUGAGGAGAAACUAGAUUUCUGUGCCCAAGACUUGAACCCUUGUCAACAUGACUCAAAGUGCAUCCUGACACCCAAAGGAUACAAAUGUGAUUGCACACCUGGAUAUGUAGGAGAACACUGUAAUAUUGACUAUGAUGACUGUCAAGACAACAAGUGUAAAAAUGGAGCACAGUGUACUGAUGCAGUGAAUGGGUAUACAUGUAUAUGCCCAGAAGGUUACAGUGGCCUUUUUUGUGAGUUUUCACCACCAAUGGUUCUCCCUCGCACCAGCCCUUGUGAUAACUAUGAGUGUCAGAAUGGAGCUCAGUGCAUCAUAAAAGUAAAUGAACCGAUAUGUCAGUGUUUGUCAGGUUACCAGGGUGACAAAUGCGAAAAGCUGGUCAGCAUAAACUUUGUGAACAAAGAAUCCUACUUGCAAAUUCCUUCAAGCAAGGUCCACCCUCAGACCAACAUCACUCUGCAGAUUGCCACAGAUGAAGACAGUGGAAUCCUGCUGUACAAAGGUGACAGAGAUCAUAUAGCAGUGGAGCUGUAUCGUGGUCGAGUGAGGGUCAGUUAUGACACAGGAUCUUAUCCAGCAUCUGCCAUUUACAGCGUUGAGACAAUAAAUGAUGGGAAUUUCCACAUAGUGGAGCUGCUAGCCAUGGAUCAGAUUCUAUCUUUGUCUGUUGAUGGAGGAAGCCCCAAGAUCAUUACCAACUUGUCUAAGCAAUCAACUCUGAAUGUUGACUCCCCACUUUAUGUAGGAGGCAUGCCUGUGAAAAACAAUGUUGCAGCACUACGCCAGUCCCCAGGCCAGAAUGGCACCAGCUUCCAUGGCUGCAUCCGUAAUCUGUACAUCAACAGUGAACUGCAGGACUUUAGAAAUGUGCCACUGCAAGUGGGAAUUCUUCCUGGUUGUGAGCCGUGUCACAAGAAAGUGUGUGUGCAUGGAACCUGCCAUGCUACGAGCCAGUCAGGCUUUACCUGCGAGUGUGAAGGAGGAUGGACUGGACCGCUGUGUGAUCAGCAAACCAAUGACCCUUGUCUUGGAAAUAAAUGUGUACAUGGUACCUGCUUGCCAAUCAAUGCAUUUUCAUACAGUUGUAAAUGCCUGCAGGGACAUGGGGGAGUCCUCUGUGAUGAAGAGGAAGAGUUGUUUAACCCCUGCCAGUCCAUCAGGUGUAAACAUGGAAAAUGCAGGCUUUCCGGCCUUGGGAAACCAUAUUGCGAAUGCAGCAGCGGAUACACUGGGGAUAGCUGUGAUAAAGCCAAAUCCAAUGAUUCUGCUCCUAGUUUUAUCACAAACUCUACUUUUGACCUCUCAGCUUCAACUGAUAUAUCACAGCGAAUUAUGCAGAAAUCUCUUGUCGAGGGGAACGAAUCAGAGAUUACUACCAAAAGCAGCAAGGGUAUGCCGCGUGCCAGACGACCAAGAAGGUAUCGAGACUAGAAUGUAAAGGAGGAUGUUCAAGUGGGCAGUGCUGCGGACCACUAAGGAGCAAGAGACGGAAAUAUUCUUUUGAAUGCACUGAUGGGUCCUCAUUUGUGGAUGAGGUUGAGAAGGUGGUGAAGUGUGGCUGUACAAAGUGCCCCUCCUAAAUGUGUCCCUGUCACACUUGUCUUUUGAAAAUGUUGUAUACUUAUUGACCAUGUCGGACUAAUUAAUGCUUCAUAGUGAAAAUAUUUGAAAUAUAUUGUAAAAUACAGAACAGACUUAUUUUUAUUAAGAGAAUAAAGACUUUUUCUUCAUUUGCAAAAAGAUUCAAGUGCUUGAAUUGAGACUUUUCGUAACCGAGAGGAGCUUUGAAGAAAAAAAAAGACCCUUUAACAUUGCAACAGUGAUGGGAAACGUAACUGCUUUUAACAUGGAUUCUUCUUUAUAACAUGCUGAAGAUAAACUGAUAUUAUACACCUAUGACUUUCAACCUACAGCUCAUUGAUGAAAAAUUGACCAGAACAUGAGGCUUGUUUUUUCACUUUCAUAUCACUAUAUUUUACUAUGUUGACAGACCAUGCCAAUUACUUACUUAUAGAUGAGGAAGAGUUGUGGGUGAAGAGAAUCAUAUUAUAUUGGUUUAACAAAUGUAUGUGAUGCAUUUUGUGUGGCAUAAUUAUUAAGCAUCUGCAGAAGGGGGGGUGCCCGUUUAGUGGAUGGGAGAGGUUAAAAUGUGAGAAUCAUGAAAUCUCCUGACAAUGUGUACUUUUAUAUCAGCAUGUUAGCAAAAGAAGCAUACAAAAAGUGUUUAUCUACCCUUUUCCAGUAUUAAUUUUUUUGUAAUAUAAAUGUUAAGGGGAUGAUAAAAAUAGAUUAUUGAUGGAUAAAUUAGUAAUAAUAUGGAUUUUUGUUUCUCUGAGUUCUAAACAGCUCUAUACAGUAUUCGGUUUCAUUGAGAAAUAUUUAUUGUAUCAAAGUACAUUGUACUUAACCUUUUUAGGCAUCCCUUUUACUGUUUUUCAAUGCUUUAAUAUAUAUUAAUUUAUAUUUGUCCUGAUAUUUUUGUAUUUUGUUUAAAAAAAAAAGAAAGACUUAAAAAUCAGGAUUUUUUGCAAUAGAACUAACAUAGCAUGUCAUCUUGGGGUAAAUGUGUUUGGUCUGGUUUUUUCUGUUUUGUUUUUGGUUUUGUUUUGUGUUAGCAUCUCACCACUUGGUGUCUGAAACGGAAAGUGAUAAUAGUCUGCAGUUUUCAUGUACAGCAGACAGUCAGGACACCUGAGAACUUGUAACGUAUGAGAGAAAAUGUCUUUACGCUAGAUGGCAAAUGUAUAGAAGUGAAUUUUCCCUAUAUAUACAGUACUUACAGAAAAUAAAAUGGUGUGUAGAAAAUGACACUAGAAAGUAGACCCUUUGCAAAUUAAUAUUCCUCCUGGACCCUCUUUACCUUUUUAAAAAAAAGAAAGAAAGAAAAAAGGCUGUACUAUCACGGACUGUGACUUUUUCCAAAUAAUAAAACUACUUUAUUGCCCUAAUGUUCCCCAUGUUACUAUGUUGCUGCUAAAUGACAAUGUAGAGCUGGUAAUGAUUCAUAGUGGGUUGUAUUCUUCUUUCAGUAAAUCCCAGGAUACCCUGUAAAAAAUGCAGAUGUUUUUUCAAUUUUAUUUUUUUUUAUUAUUUUUUUUUUUUUUUUACAGAAAAAGUUAGAUGUACAUGUGUAAUGCAGUGUGCUUUGUCUUAUUUGGACUGAUAUCAGUAAUACUACUGAUGUUUGUAAAUUAAACAGAUAUUUACUUCAUUAA